AUGGACAACGCCUUUGUCCGCUCCUCGUCCGAGGUCCUUGAGCAUUUUCACGUGAGCGAGCAGAGUGGAUUGGCGGAUAUCAGUGUCCAGGCUGCGCUACAGAAAUAUGGCAAGAAUGCCAUCCCAGAAGAACCACCGACUCCCCUCUGGGAACUCGUCCUCGAACAAUUCAAAGACCAACUCGUCAUCAUUCUCCUCGCCUCAGCCGCCAUCUCCUUCGUCCUCGCCUUGUUUGAAGAGCAAGAAGGCUGGACCGCUUUCGUCGACCCGGCCGUCAUCUUGACGAUCCUCAUCCUUAAUGCGAUCGUGGGCGUGAGUCAGGAGUCUAGCGCUGAGAAAGCCAUCGCUGCCUUGCAAGAAUACAGUGCCAAUAAGGCCAAGGUACUGAGGAAUGGACGAUUAUCGGAGGUGAAGGCCGACGAGCUGGUACCGGGCGAUAUCGUGCAUGUGGCUGUCGGCGACAGAAUCCCGGCGGAUUGCAGGUUGCUUAGUAUCCAGAGCAACAGUUUCCGCGUCGAUCAGUCGAUUUUGACGGGCGAGAGCGAGAGCGUGGGGAAGGAUGUCCAGGCUAUCAAGGAUACGCAGGCUGUCAAGCAGGAUCAGAUCAAUAUGUUAUUUUCUGGCACGACUGUCGCCACGGGGACGGCACAUGCGGUGGUGGUGUUGACGGGUUCGCAGACGGCGAUUGGUGAUAUCCACGAGUCGAUCACUUCGCAGAUCUCGCAGCCGACGCCGUUGAAGGAGAAGCUGAAUGAUUUCGGGGAUGUGUUGGCCAAGGUUAUUAGCGGGAUCUGUGUGCUGGUUUGGUUGAUUAACAUUCAACAUUUCAACGAUCCUUCGCAUGGCAGUUCGUGGACCAAGGGCGCGAUAUACUACCUCAAGAUUGCCGUCUCGCUCGGUGUGGCGGCGAUUCCGGAGGGUUUGGCCGUGGUGAUCACGACGUGUUUGGCGCUGGGGACGCGGAAGAUGGCGGCGAAGAAUGCAAUUGUUAGGUCUUUGCCUUCGGUCGAGACCUUGGGGAGUUGCAGUGUCAUCUGCUCGGACAAAACUGGCACGCUUACGACGAAUCAGAUGAGUGUUAACAAGGUGGUGUAUAUCGAUGCGAGUGGCACUGGGCUGGAGGAGCUGGAUGUCUCGGGUACGAGCUUUGCGCCUGAAGGCUCCGUCUCGAAGAAUGGCAAGGUCCUCGAUAACCCAGCCGUGAGCUCGAAUACGAUCAAGCAGAUGACUGAGGUCGCUGCUUUAUGCAAUGGAGCUACGCUUUCGUACGACAGCACGCACCGCACUUUCAACAAAGUUGGCGAGGCUACUGAGGGUGCUUUGCGAGUGUUGGUCGAGAAGAUUGGAACAGUCGAUGCUUCUUAUAACGCCCAGCGCGCCGGCCUGACGCCAAACUCCAAGCUCCACCACGUCAGCAAGCGCUACGAACAGCAGUAUCCUGUCCAGUCAAUCUACGAGUUCUCGCGCGACCGCAAGAGCAUGUCUGUGCGAGUUAACGACGGCAAUUCAGAGAAAUUGCUGGUCAAAGGUGCGCCAGAGUCGAUCCUAGCUCGUUGCACGCACUGCCUUGUUGGCAGCGAUGGGAAACGCCAGCAGCUGAAUAGCAAGCUUGCAUCCAUCCUCCAGAACGAAGUCACAGACUACGGCAACCGUGGACUCCGCGUCAUGGCACUCGCAAGUCUAGACAAUGUCGAUACCAAGCGUGCUAGUAAAGCCAAGACGACGCAGGAAUAUGAACAGCUGGAGCAGGGCAUGACUUUACUAGGACUGGUCGGUAUGCUGGAUCCUCCUCGACCAGAAGUUGCUGAGAGUAUACGCAAGUGCCGCUCAGCAGGCAUCCGUGUGGUAGUGAUCACAGGUGACAAUCAGAACACGGCCGAAACCAUCUGCCGCCAAAUCGGCGUCUUCGGUCCUAACGAAGACUUGACGGGCAAGAGCUACACAGGCCGCCAAUUCGACGACUUAAGCGAUAGCGAGAAGCUGAAGGCGGCCAGACGCGCCUCCUUGUUCUCCCGUACCGAGCCAACACACAAGUCUAAACUAGUCGACCUCCUGCAAUCCUCGGGUGAAGUCGUAGCCAUGACUGGUGAUGGCGUGAACGACGCCCCUGCGCUGAAGAAGAGCGACAUCGGUGUAGCAAUGGGAACGGGUACCGACGUGGCUAAACUCGCCGCCGACAUGGUGCUUGCGGACGACAAUUUCGCCACGAUCGAGACGGCUGUUGAGGAAGGCCGAAGCAUCUACAACAACACGCAGCAAUUCAUCCGAUACCUCAUCUCGUCCAACAUCGGCGAAGUGGUGUCCAUAUUCCUCACGGCUGCAUUGGGUAUGCCCGAGGCCUUGAUCCCGGUGCAAUUGCUUUGGGUGAAUCUGGUCACGGAUGGUCUGCCCGCUACGGCGUUGAGUUUCAAUCCUCCGGAUCAUGAUGUUAUGAAGCGCCCGCCUCGCAAGAGGGAUGAGCCAUUGGUGGGGGGGUGGUUGUUCUUUCGGUAUAUGGUUAUCGGGACGUAUGUUGGUCUCGCUACGGUGGGAGGGUAUGCGUGGUGGUUUAUGUUCUUUGAGGGGGGGCCGCGGAUUAGCUUCUAUCAGCUCACGCACUUCCAUCACUGCACCACCUCCUUCCCGGAAAUCGGCUGCCAAAUCUUCGGCGACCAUCACGCCCGCACCGCUUCCACCAUCUCCCUCUCCAUCUUGGUCGUGAUCGAAAUGCUCAACGCCAUGAACGCGCUUUCGUCCUCGGAAUCCUUACUCACGCUCCCGCUCUGGAACAACAUGAUCCUCGUCUACGCCAUCACUCUCUCCAUGGUCCUCCACUUCGGACUCCUGUACACGCCUGUCUUACAGGGAAUCUUCGGUAUCGUGCCGUUGGGGUGGCCUGAGUGGUAUAUUGUGCUGGGGUGGUCGGCACCGAUUAUUUUGAUUGAUGAGGGGCUGAAGUUUGUGGAGAGGGGGUGGUUUAUGCCAGUCGCUGGUAGGGAAGAAGGGGGGGAGAGGAGGAAGUUGAAGUAG